AUUGAAAUAAAAGGACUCACAUGUUUGCCAUGUGUGGUUCUUCUAUAAAAGAGCUCCCUCUCAUCAUUUGGACACUAGCAUUCUUAUACUUUCAAGACAAUACACGAAACGCAAAAUGAAGGUUGCAGUAAUUCUUUGCGCUAUCAUCAGCCAGUGUCUGGCGGCUACGACGAUUGAAACGCUGGUGGCAGACCCAAAAAUGUCGACGUUGGUUAGCUUAGUGACAAAAGCCGGACUUGUUGAUGCAAUAAACGGGGGUGAAUUUACAAUCUUUGCUCCAAACAACGACGCUUUCUCAGCUCUGCCUUCUGCAACAUUGACUGCACUCGGAAAUGACGUCACAGCUCUUGCUAAUGUACUGAAAUACCACGUUGUCCAAGGAAAAGUUCCUAGCUCUGCUGCAUCCAAUGAACAACAAUUGACAACACUUAACGGCGACAAAGUCAGAUUCAACAUCUAUGAUCAUAACAACGCUGUAACCGUUCAAGGAUCUCAGGUCAUUGCUCUUGAUAAGAUUGCAUCCAAUGGAAUCAUUCAUGUUCUAAAUAAAGUAAUGAUGCCACCAGAGGGUGACAUUGUUGAUAUCGUAGCUAAAACAUCUGAUGUUAGCACACUUUUGAGUUUGGUACAGCAAGCUGGCAUUGCUAAUGCCCUGAAAGGUGAUGCUUUAACCGUAUUUGCUCCAACUAAUGAUGCUUUUGCACGCUUACCCAGCUCCGUCGUCUCUAAACUUACCAACGAUAAAAAUCUUCUUACAGAGGUGUUAGAGUAUCACGUGGUACCACACACCGAAUAUUCAGCUGGACUGUUCAACAGAGAAUACCUGAGAACAAUUGAUAGAAACAAUGACAGAUUGAGCAUUCACUUUGAUGGAGCUGGAGUCCGAAUCAACACCAACUCCCACGUGACCAAGGCUGAUAUUGGAACAACCAAUGGCGUCAUUCACCUCAUCGAUCAUGUGCUUAUUCCAGCAAGAUACUACCUCACGCUGGCCAUUGGCUUGAGGUCAUGGCAUUCUUAUACUGUACUUACAAGACAAUACACGAAACGCAAAAUGAAGGUUGCAGUAAUUCUUUGCGCUAUCAUCAGCCAGUGCCUGGCGGCUACGACAAUUGAAACGCUGGUGGCAGACCCAAAAAUGUCGACGUUGGUUAGCUUAGUGACAAAAGCCGGACUUGUUGAUGCAAUAAACGGGGGUGAAUUUACAAUCUUUGCACCAAACAACGACGCUUUCUCAGCUCUGCCUGCUGCAACAUUGACUGCACUCGGAAAUGACGUCACAGCUCUUGCUGAUGUACUGAAAUACCACGUUGUCCAAGGAAAAGUUCCGAGCUCUGCUGCAUCUAAUGAACUACAAUUGACAACACUUAACGGCGACAAAGUCAGAUUUAACAUUUAUGAUCAUAACAACGCUGUAACCGUUCAAGGAUCUCAGGUCAUUGCUCUUGAUAAGAUUGCAUCCAAUGGAAUCAUUCAUGUUCUAAAUAAAGUAAUGAUGCCACCAGAGGGUGACAUUGUUGAUAUCGUAGCUAAAACAUCUGAUGUUAGCACACUUUUGAGUUUGGUACAGCAAGCUGGCAUUGCUAAUGCCCUGAAAGGUGAUGCUUUAACCGUAUUUGCUCCAACUAAUGAUGCUUUUGCACGCUUACCCAGCUCCGUCGUCUCUAAACUUACCAACGAUAAAAAUCUUCUUACAGAGGUGUUAGAGUAUCACGUGGUACCACACACCGAAUAUUCAGCUGGACUGUUCAACAGAGAAUACCUGAGAACUAUUGAUAGACACAAUGACAGAUUGAGCAUUCACUUUGAUGGAGCUGGAGUCCGAAUCAACACCAACUCCCACGUGACCAAGGCUGAUAUCGGAACAACCAAUGGCGUCAUUCACCUCAUCGAUCAUGUGCUUAUUCCAGCCAGAUACUACCUCACGCUGGCCAUUGGCCGAAAAUAAAUGGAAAUACUCAAAGACUUUUUUUUAAAAAUGUAUUUAUUUUUUAUACUGUUUGGAAAAGAUGGUGUAGAUAGAUGAAUGUUUGUUUUAUAUGAAGUUUUGUUACAUACAUAAAUUACAAAAAUAAUAAUGAAGUGUUUAUCGUAUGUUCAAUGCAAAUCAUUAAGUCAGUAUACAUAUGUUUGUAUCAUAAAGUUUGGAUACAAAAAGGGGGCGAAUCAAAGCUAUAUAAAUAUGAUAAUAAGUUCAACGCACUAUCAGUUCUAAAAUUUUAUUUUACUGUAUUUAACAUCAAUGACUGAGUUUUAUCAACAAUUAAGGAAACUUUCUUCAUGAACAUUUACCAUUUAAAAGCUCAACAGAAUAAUGACAAAGUGUCAUGAAAGGAAUAUACAUGUUCUCAUAUAUACGAGUACAUCUAUUCUGACAUCCCGACAGUAACAUAACGCUGAUUUUGUUUACUACUAUUCUUCUUUAUAACAACUUUAAACUUUAAUUAAAAGAAACCCGCCUUUUUGGCACAUCAUGCAGGCACUACCUAACUUUAAGGAUAAAAAAUGGCGAGAAAAGAGCUGUUCUGUCAUUUGAGCUUGAAUUUUCCAAGAUGUCCAUGAACAUGAAAAACGCAUAUAUAACUGUGCUGCGCUUUUAAAUUUCAAACCAAGAC